AUCAAUGUUCAUACUUAACAUUUAAUUAUUCAUCGAUCAACCGACAGCAAUUAUACUUUUGUUAAAUCUUCGUGUGGUAUUUAAUAAAGAAAAUUGAUUAUAUUAUCAUAACAUUUGGCAUUCAAAAUUAAUCUUAUAUUAUUAAUUUUUAUGACAGUGUUACAUUACCAGGUAAUAAUUAAAUAUAUGUUAUCCAAGCUUCAAUAUGUUAAACCCACACAAUGUUCCACAACAAUAAAGUCACUCUCAAUUACUUGUUUUUUGUGUGUUUUCAGGUGGAAUUUAUAGACUUCGCACUGGAGUUCCAGUCCGAUUGCAAUUAUGACUACCUGGAGCUCUUCAACGGACCUAACGCUUCCUAUCCGUCUAUCGGGAAGUUCUGCGGGACUAUGCCACUUAAGCGAUUUACGUCGCAGUCGAACUCUGCACGUAUUGUCUUCUCCACAGACUCCAGAGUUAGUGCAAGGGGUUUUAAAUUGACGUACACAUUCUCCGCACACGACAUCAUUUAUAUGGGCUGUUAUCAAGAUAGCGGCAACCGAAUCCUUGCAGAUUAUAAUCACGUUUCUCAUUCGAACUCACCAACCGAAUGUUCAAAACACUGCAGCCGCUACAAAUAUUUCGGAGUGGAGGAGUGGAAACAUUGCCUCUGUGGCAAUACGCUUAAUUCUGCAAUCAAAGCGCUAGAGUCAGAGUGUAGGGAAAUUUGUCCGGGCGACAGAAGCCAGCGAUGUGGCGCCUAUUGGAGAAUUAACCUCUACAGACAUUGGGACUGCCCACUCGGAAGUUACAGUGCAAACUGUUCCAAGCAAUGCCAUUGCUUAGAGGGCCCAUGCGACGUUGUAACGGGUGCAUGUGGAAAUGGUGGCUGCAAAGAUGGUUGGAAAGGAAUAGCGUGUAAUGAAAACUGCCCACUCGGAAGUUACAGUGCAAACUGUUCCAAGCAAUGCCAUUGCUUAGAGGGCCCAUGCGACGUUGUAACGGGUGCAUGUGGAAAUGGUGGCUGCAAAGAUGGUUGGAAAGGAAUAGCGUGUAAUGAAACCAAGGAAGAUACAAUUAUAUGGAUUUCAUCGACGGUGUCAUUAUGUCUGGUGGUUGUCGUCACAAUUGUCUGUGUGUACAUCAGAAAGCAGAAAAGGAGGAGGGCUCCGAAUGACGUUCAAUUGAAUCAACUUCAAUCAUCGAAUAAUCCCCAAGGGAGGAGGGCUCCAAAUGACGUUCAACUGAAUCAACUUCAAUCAUCGAAUAAUUCCCAAGGGAGGAGGGCUCCGAAUGACGUUCAAUUGAAUCAACUUCAAUCAUCGAAUAAUCCCCAAGGGAGGAGGGCUCCGAAUGACGUUCAAUUGAAUCAACUUCAAUCAUCCAAAAAUCCCCAAGGGAGGAGGGCACAGAAUGACGUUCGAUUGAAUCAACUUCCAUCAUCGAAUAGUACCCAAGUACGAAAGUACGACAUGCAAGUGGAGACACAAAACGCAGAGGACAAAGAGGAGGAAAAUGACAACAACGAGGUGGAAAAUUCCUCAGACUUCUUAAUUUAGGAGAAUUACAGUCAAGGGGAGAAAAACAAGGAGUACGUAAACGAAGAGUUCUAUUGUGUAGUUGAAUAUAGUAAACGUAGGGGAAUUACGUACAAAAGGCAUUUUAUAAGCGCUUGAGUUCUGUUAGUGCCGAAUGUCCAAUGCCCAAAUAUACAUGUUAGUUUUGAAAAUGUUAAUACUUACACCCAUCAUAAGGCAUGCUUUAUGAAAAUAAACGUCCGAGAAAUAAACUGCUUGAUUUGAGCAUUUUCGGGACAAAGCGGUAACGCACAAAAGAAGGUCGUAAUCAUAUUACAUGCCGUCAAUUGGUGUUUAUGGUAUUCGUAAAUUUUGUAUGGCAAAUUCUUCAGUUUAUUGUCUUUUUAAUAUAAAGAUAGAAUAUUUUGAGGAAACCGUACGCUUCAAAAGAUUAUCUGUCGAUAAUGUCAAGCACGUUUAUUUGCUCGGCACGAAUACAUAUACCACUAGCCAAUGUUAAUGGUUCAGGAUUUUUAAAUAGAUUUUCAAACUUAUAACACUCUAUAUUCUAUCACUAGUCUAUGAACAUUUUUAUAUGCAAUUAGCGAGCCUCUGCGAGAAUUAAAACGAAAUUCAUAUAGUAAGAUAUGACAAGUUGUAGUUGUGUAAGCUUUUAAAGACUUUUACGUCAAUUGAUGAUUAAUUUAUCAUUUCGCUAAAAGAGCACCAUGAUCUUGGUUAUUCAAACAAUAAGAAUCUUAUGGAAACACUAACUGUUGUCUUAUAUAUGUCAUGGAAGAAAACAAAUCACAACAUUUUUGUGAUGUUCGUAUUGCAAAAGACACUAACAAAAGUUUGUUUUUAAAACUUUUAAUGUUAUUUAACAUAGAAAUUUCGAAAUGCGAUGUUAUUGUUUCUUUAUAUUUCUUUGUCUUAACUAUUUGAGGCGAGCAUAUUAUUUAUGACCGUAAAGUUAUGUUAUACAAUGUUAAAAUCUAAAUUUCGUUCCAAGUAUAUUUCUGAGGUAAGAAUGUUAGUUUUUGCCGGUUUUGUUACUCCUGAUGUAAAAGAUGAAUGGUGUACUAUUAUGUUGUGUCUGCUCGAAUAAACUAGUCGCUAAAGUGUUUUGUUUUCCUAUUUGAAUAUUGUAUCCAUUAUACUGUUUUAUAUUGUAUAGCUUUUUUCCUAUUUAAAUAUUAUAGCCACUAAAGUGUAUUAUAUAUUAUAGCUAUUGUCCUAUUUCAAUAUUGAAACCAUUAUAUUGUAUUAUAUUAUAAAGCUUUAUUUCUAAUUGAAUGAGUUGACUUUGAAAUAUAUGCAGAAGUAGUGUGGUACUUAUCAUUAUUGUUGUUAACUUACGUUAUGCGGAUGUUUGUGAAACUUCAAUAAGCCUGUUUGUACAUAGACGAAUAGUUUCCAUAUUUUUAACAAUGAUUACAAAAAGGUAAUCACAGUAUAAAUAAACAAGCACAGUAUUACAGUUCAAUAUACACCGUGUACUAUUUUUGAAAUUUCUAUGCUUAAGAAGGAAUGACAAUUUCAUCUAUGAGCCUUAAAGGAUCAUUGGCUUUUCACCAUGUUUUGGCCUCAAAGUUUUGCAUUUCUUUUGUUAUUCUGUAUGUCUUAUAUACUUCUUAGAUUUUGAAAAACAAAUAUCUAGUUCUAUUUAAAUGUAUGUAUGUUAUGUUUUAUUAAGCAGUGUAUCAAUCGUUUGCUUGCAGCAUUUCUUCUGACUUGAUAACAAUUAUGUUUUUGAGCAUAUGAUAGACUUUUGAUGUAUUUGUUGAUGAACAUCAAUUUUGAAUGCAAGUGUAGCAAUCUUAUGAAGCAACCAUGUCUCAAAAACUUUGUUCCCAUUAUUCACCUGAUUAAGAUUUUUUUAUAAAUAUUUGUACGAAUAUGAAUGUUUGGUUCGCCGUAUACAAUAUCAUAAACACCCUGUUUUAAGUAUCUACCGUAUUAUUUGUGUGAGUUUUGUGAAGUUUCAUAAUUAAUGAUUUGCAUUGUAUCUCUGAAACACAUUUUUAUUCUUAAUAAACAUAUUAUAAUUACAUGAAGCAUGAAAGAUUCGCCUCGAAAAUUAAAUGUGUUUUAUGCAUGUACGUAUUACGAAAUAUAUUGAAAUAGACGUAAGUGAACAUAAUUAUAAAGUGAGACAUGAACGUCUGAAGCAUUUUUUUAAAACAAGAUUCUAAUUUGUAAUUGUUUAUGAUUCAUUCGCUAAGCAAAUCUUAAAUGAUAAUUUCUGCAUUGUUUAUGUUUGUUUUUAUAUCAGUAUUUUGGAUAAAAAUUUGCAAAAUUCUGUAUAUUUAAAUAUUAAAUUCAUCUUCUUUUAAAAGUAUUCACCCCAUUCUUUUCAAUAUUUCUUUUCCAUAAUUGAUCUGUACCUGUAGUUAAUUUGUUUUUGUCUAUUUGAAUGUUUAUCGAAUUUUUUGAUAGCGUGUGUUAUGUCAUAUUACUGUAAACAAUGCACAUCUUUGUAAACCUACAUCAUGAUAUAAGAGUGAGCUAUGCUUUGUAUGCUGCAUUGUAUGUAUGA